GAUCCACAAAGUGCUAUCCGCUAUGCACAACGUGUGAUUGCCGACCUGCUUUGCAAUCGGAUUGACAUCUCGCAAUUGGUAAUCUCGAAGGAGUUGACUAAAACAGACGAGGAGUAUACGGGAAAACAGGCUCAUGUUGAAUUGGCACAUAAGAUGCGUCGCCGUGAUCCAGGCUCUGCUCCUCAGCUUGGAGACCGUGUACCUUAUGUGAUCACGGCGGUAGGCAGCAAGGGCACCGCCGUAUACGCCAAAGCUGAGGACCCACUCUAUGUGUUAACUCACUCCGUUCCAAUAGACACUAAAUACUAUUUGGAAAAUCAGCUGGCAAAUCCGUUGUUGCGUAUCUUUGAGCCAAUCCUGGGCGAGUCCAAAGCACGAUCAACACUGUUGAGUGAGUCUCAUUCCACAGUUUGUUUACACUCAUCCUAUCAUUUAUCCGCUAACCCAAAAGCGUAA